GGUUACGCAUGGACGCGGACGGGGACGGUUUGGCAACGCGAGACGAGCUGAAGAGCUUCACGGUCGGGGAGAGGGUCAGAGACCUCCGGAAGGACACCGAGAAGCAGUGGAAGUAUUACGGGUUAGGUCCGGGCGAGAAGCUGACGUUUGAGCGGUACGCGAAGAAGACUUAUCCCAAAGAGGAAAAGUUCGGACAUUCCUCAAAGACGAAGGAGCAGGAGAGAAGAAGGUUUCACGUCAGCGACGCGAACAACGAUGGCGCGCUGGACAAGGAAGAGUUCAUGGCCUUCGAGUACGCGGAGGAGUAUCCACACAUGCACGAUAUCGUUAUGCUGGAAACCAUGGAAGACAUGGACAAGAAUGGCGACGGGGUUCUUAACUUUGCGGAAUUCACAGAUGACGAGGAGGGAAUGGAGGAGGGUCCUGAGGCUGAGAAAACCUUUAAGCAGUUUGACAAGGACGGAGACGGCCAGCUGAGCCGAGCGGAGGUGAAGCAGUGGAUCCUGGGACCGAGCUCUGAAGCCGCUCAGGAGGACGAGGACAGCGUCAGCAUCGUGCUGGCGAACAUGGACAAGGACAAGGACGGGAAGCUGAGUAGGGAGGAGAUAGCGGCGGACUCGAAGAUGAUAGAGGACCAGCUGAUGUACGAGGAGGAGGAAUAUACUCACGACGAGUUCUGACAGUAACGAUAAAAGUAGUCCAUAGACAGUAACGACAGUAGUCCACAGACAGUAACGACAGUAGUCCACAGACAGUAACGACAGUAGUCCACAGACAGUAACGCCAUUCCACAGACAGUAACGGCAGUAGUCCACAGACAGUAACGGCAGUAGUCCACAGACAGUAACGGCAGUAGUCCACAGACAGUAACGGCAGUAGUCCACAGACAGUAACGAUAGUAGUCCACAGACAGUAACGACAGAAGUCCACAGACAGUAACGACAGUAGUCCACAUACAGUAACGCCAUUCCACAGACAGUAACGGCAGUAGUCCACAGACAGUAACGGCAGUAGUCCACAGACAGUAACGACAGUAGUCCACAGACAGUAACGGCAGUAGUCCACAGACAGUAACGACAGUAGUCCACAGACAGUAACGAUAGUAGUCCACAGACAGUAACGAUAGUAGUCCACAGACAGUAACGACAGUAGUCCACAGACAGUAACGACAGUAGUCCACAGACAGUAACGACAGUAGUCCACAGACAGUAACGACAGUAGUCCACGGAUACAUUCAAACAUAUUUAUGUCGAUUAUAAGACAAGAUAUCAUUCAUGAGAACGAAGGAAUUAACUCCACAAUGUUUAGACGUUAGAUAUCAUACAUUGUAAUGUAAUGGGCGGUUGUUAAUUUUAUAUACCUAUAAUUGAAGUUAUGCAUAGGUGAAGAUGCUACUUUUAUAUAUCG